AUGUAUAAAAUUAAUAAAUUGUAAAUUCCUUUAUAGAUUCAAAUCAAUGAUAAUUUUACUUUCAUAGAAGGAUUUGACAAUGAAUAUUUACAGUUUACUAAUUUUAAAAAUUAAAAGUCUGUUUUUAUCCAUAAAUUUUAUCAAUAGUAAGAUAGAGCAUUAGAAAUCGAUCAUUUUGAUUGUAAAAGUCUAUCAAUGCAAAUUUAUGAAAAAAAAUAAAGAAUGUGA